CACCCGUGCAGGCUACAUCAUGGCAAACUACGCUGUCCCUCACAAGGCUGUACUCCAAGAUGGGCUCCGGCCUGGGUCCGUGAUCCGUAUUAGGGGUACUGUGCCAGCCAAUGCAAAGCGCUUCUACGUGAACCUCCUGUGCUCCGAACACUCGGGGGCAGACACAGCCCUCCACUGCAACCCGCGCCUGGACUCGGCGGAGAUGGUGUUCAACACCUACCAGGAAGGAGCAUGGGGUCGGGAGGAACGGAGCCCCAGCAUUCCCUUCCAGCAAGGCCAGCCUUUCGACCUGCUCCUCAUAGUGGCCGACGACUCCUACAAGGCCGUGGCGGGAGACGCUGUAUUUCACCGCUUCACGCACCGCCUGCCUCUGCAGCUGGUCCGGGUCCUGGAGGUCGGGGGCGACGUGCAGCUACAGAGCGUGUUGAUCUUCUGAACUUCGGAGACAGGACCCGUGGGGGCCGUCGGGGCAGGGCCAGGGGCAGGACCGGGGCUGGGGUUUUUACUUGU